AUGGAUCAACAAAACAUUGAAUCGGAACGAAGUAUGGAGAAACCAUCAAUGAUGACGUUUGAGAUGAAAAAGCAUAUCAUCGAGGAACGAAUUGCUGAUGUGAAAGAAAGCAUGCAUGCAUUGCGUAACACAAUGCAGGAAACUACCAAUGAAGUGAAAGGAAUAUUCCAUCGUGUCAUGAAGUUGCAAAAUAUCGUCGAUGAUGUCUCGGAAAAUGUGAAAAUACAGUUAGAUGAAUCGAAGAAAAUUCGUGAAAAAAAGGUUAAGCUAAUUUUAAAAGCAUAUUUUCCAGGACAUAGAGUCAUUGAACACUAA